CCAGGCGGCAGGGGAGGUGAACCCCUACGUGGCGCGUCCCCAGGUGGUGGAUAAAGGCAGCCACUGGGAUGGGAUGCGGGGAUGAGUUCAUCAACCUGAGAUGGCUGAUGGCCGCAUCCUCGCAUGGCAUCUCGAAAGUCGGAGCGAAUGCUCCCGUGGACCAAACACCGGUAUGAAUGUGUUGCAUGUGUGCAUGCGUGUGUGAGUGGACAGGGGCAUGGGAUAUUUGCCGCGGGUGUUACUCUACCACGGGGCCGCGGGCGCUGGUGAUCAGGGGCCUGCGGUUGAGUGGGAAUGCGGCGGGAGGGGCCUGAAAAGGCGCAGCGCGGCGGGGGACUCUGUGAUGGCUCACUAGAGUUCCCGGUUCCUCGCCAGGCGCCUGAAGAUGGUCACCGUGGGGUUUUAGCAGAUCGAUGAAAUUGACGAAUUUCAAUAAAGUGUUUGGCACAAAUGCCCUUCGCAAGAAAGUGAAAGUAGCGUUAAUAUAAGAACAUUGAAUGACCCAUAGAAUUAAUACGAGUUUAUGUGAGAAGUGGUGUGCACAAAUUUUAGGAAGAAAAUGUUGCUUCAGCAUUUCGCCCGUAUCGUACCUAAACAAAGCUUAAAUUGCAUAACCUCUUUUAAAAAUGUCAAUAUAGCACGUACAUUCUACAACGAUAAGAAGUCUGUUGUUCAGUUAACACAGAAUAGACGUAAACAACGUGAAAUCGCGAAAUUAAAACACGAACAUGACUUGAAAAAGCCUCUUCGUAGACCAACUCUCCGAACUAGCAUUAUAUUGUUCUCGACCGCAGCGCCCGAAGUACACGAUUUUUGGACAUUGAAUUUAAAGCAUUGGUGGGCACAUCAAAAAGUAGAAUAUAGAAAAUUUGCUCAAGAAAGAACGUAUGAGAAAUACGUAAGAUCGGGCCCUGAUGUAGCGACAGCUCAAUUUGUCCUAAAGUAUGGCGGUAGAAUAAAAUUGAGAAACCAUAACGAUUGGAUAGAUAAAGAUACGAAGGGUGGGCCUACAAUACCAAAGGACUUCGAUCCACAUUUCAAUCUAGAAGGAAUAGAUUUAAGAGGAUAUCCUUUAGAAUACGAUAAUCUCCGUACAAUAUGUGAUCUUUAUCAUCUAAAAUGGCUCAGCCUGAAGGGUUGCAGUACCAUCAACGAUUGGGCCGUAGAUAAAAUAGCUUUUGAGUACCCAAUGUUGGAACACCUCGAUAUAUCCGAAUGUAUAAAUGUUACAGAAAGGUCAUUAGAAGCAUUGUAUAAAAUACCAAACUUGAAAUCGCUAGUUGUAACAAAGUAUCAUGAUACUCCAGUGCUUGAGUUGACUUGUAUCAUGUUAGAAGAUGUUAAUCCGCAUUUAAAAUGUCACAUUCUAAUGCCAGAAACUAAAUGUCUACUGGAAGAGUGACGCAUACAAUAGGAGAUUA